CUGACUGUACUGUACACAAGCGGAGGGAGGAGCGACCGUGUAGUAUUUCUUUUUUGGUUCUUUCCCCCUGUCGUUGCGACCCAUACAAACGCUUGAGAAAAGCAGCGAAACGGGGAAAAAACAAACGUGUUUUUUUUCUUCCUCCCCACCACGCAGAGGUUUUGCACGGAGGAGGACGCGGGAGUAGAGCGAGGAGGGACAGAUCACUUUGACGGUACGAGGCGCACUAUAGACUGGGACUGGGCUCUGGACUGAGAGGGGGGAGCGGACGCAAGCCUUACUCCAGCGCCAGCGCCACUACACUCGGGCAGAAACCGGUGGAGCCCCCGCUGACUUUCUCCCCUCUUCAUCUCCACCUAAUGCCAUAAUACUCACGCCGCUCUGGUGCCCAGACCGCGUGCGUGGUGGUCGGGUGUGAGGUAACCGACGAGAUCCCUCAGACCUUUGUUGUGAUGACUGGCGGGAUCAGAAGUGAAGAAACAACGCUGACGUGAAGACACCUGACCACCAAGGGUGGAGACGGGGCCUACCACACAACACAGGAGGCCUGGGGAAAUCAUUAACCUCAAACAAGCACAUACAAUGUGACUGACUGGUUGUCACUCCACCCUCCAUAUUCCUGAGAUCAACAUCCACCUCACGAGCCCUCUCCGGCCUGCCCAUUUUACCCCAGACAUACCUCCGACGUCUCACAUACUUUGCAGCUUCACACCGAGCUACAAAACACCAGCCUCGAAGGGGGUCCACUCCUUUUUGGAGGCCCUCUUCCCCCCCUCCCCUUAGGGACGGGACCCUGUCAUGUUUCACUGAUCGACUCCUCCCGACCAGCGAAUGACAAGUGUGCAUCCGAGGGUGGGGCUUGCCUCAGUCUCUCAUAAUUGGCUGCUGGAUGGAAUUAAGGUGAAUGGAACACAUGCCCAAGGAGCAGGACUCUAACCCAUCAGAGGGAGAGGAGAAAGGGUGGCUCAAUGGCCCGAAAAGGAAGAGGAAGAACAGCCAAUGUUCAGUGAAGAGUAUGACUGUCUCUAAUUUAGGGUAUAUACCCAGCUACCUCGAAAAGGAUGAGCCAUGCGUGGUGUGUGGCGACAAGGCCACAGGUUACCACUACCGCUGCAUUACAUGCGAGGGCUGCAAGGGAUUUUUCCGCAGGACCAUACAAAAGAACCUCCACCCGGCCUACUCCUGUAAGUAUGACUGCUGCUGCAUCAUCGACAAGAUCACCCGCAACCAGUGCCAGCUAUGCCGCUUCAAGAAGUGUAUUGCAGUGGGCAUGGCAAUGGACUUGGUGCUCGAUGAAUCGAAGCGGGUUGCUAAACGGCGGCUGAUUGAGCAGAACAGGGAGAAACGCAAAAAGGAGGAAAUGGUGAAGACCCUCCAGAACCGUCCAGAGCCCACAGGGGCCGAGUGGGAGCUGAUCCGCCAUGUCACGGAGGCCCAUCGACACACCAAUGCUCAGGGUGCACAGUGGAAACAGAAACGAAAAUUCCUGCCGGACAAAAUUGGCCAGUCCCCGGUUACCCCCACAUCAGAUGGAGACAAGGUGGACCUGGAGGCCUUCAGCGAGUUCACCAAGAUCAUCACUCCUGCCAUCACUCGCGUCGUCGACUUUGCCAAAAAACUGCCCAUGUUCUCUGAGCUGCCUUGUGAAGACCAGAUCAUCCUGUUGAAGGGCUGCUGCAUGGAGAUCAUGUCCCUGCGAGCUGCCAUCCGCUACGAUCCCGAGAGUGAGACGCUCACGCUGAGCGGGGAGAUGGCUGUGAAGCGCGAGCAACUGAAGAACGGCGGCUUGGGCGUGGUGUCGGACGCCAUCUUCGAUUUGGGCAAGAGCCUGGCACAGUUCAACCUAGAUGACACGGAGGUGGCGCUGUUGCAGGCCGUGCUGCUGAUGAGCUCAGACCGCUCCGGCCUGACCUGUGUGGACAAGAUCGAGAAUUGCCAGGAGACCUACCUGCUGGCGUUUGAGCACUACAUCAACUACCGCAAGCACAACAUUCCCCACUUCUGGCCGAAGCUCCUGAUGAAGGUGACGGACCUGCGCAUGAUCGGGGCGUGCCACGCCAGCCGCUUCCUUCACAUGAAGGUGGAGUGUCCCAACGAACUCUUCCCUCCGCUCUUCCUGGAGGUCUUCGAGGACCAGGAGGUGUGACACGCAUCUGCGACCAUGCGCGUGGAAGAGGAAGCUGGUGCUAAACGGUAGAUGGGGAAGGGCCAUCGUUUUUUUGUAGGGGAAGGAUGGAGGGAGAGAGAGCCCUCUCGGCAGGAAUCUGCUUUUCUCCGCCGUCACAUUUACCGCAUGUGAUUUGAAAAACCAAACUGGAAACAAUAAUGGCAAAAACAACACACCAGCAACAGGAGAGUCGAGCAAACAAAGGAGUUUGUUUUUUUGAACACCCUCUCCUCCACCUCUUUCCCUUCCUUUUACUUACCCCAGUUUUAAAUCCGUGUGGGGGGCCCUUCUGUCUGAGCAUGAUGUCUUAUCUAGCAAGAGUUGUAGCCAUUUGCCAAGACCCACACACACACACACACAACACACACAAACACACACACACAGCCUGUUCCACCUCAGUUCUUCAGAGCAGAGCUCUUUGCACGGGUCUGUUCCCUCUCUGUUUUUUGUAGCGGUCAAAACUUCACAUGUCAUGAAUUCAGUGUCUCUUCAGCAUCAGUGCUGACCAGCACCUCUCAGUAUUAUUCACGAGUAAAGAGAUGAGAAAGUAAGGUCAACAACACUCCACCUUCAUGCAGGCACACACACACACACACACAUAUAUAUAUAUACAAUCAGCAAACACUGCACAUUGAAAUUUCAGUAGAUGUUAAUUCCUCUAGUGUUUCACACAGCUUUAGUAAAGCUGCCAGACCUAUUUGUUACCAAUUUUUCAACUCAAUCUGAGCCGUUACAGCUGUUUUUGGAGCUACUUCUUCUUAGAUCUCUGUGAAACCGGUGCUAUAUUUAUAUCAGGCUACUCCAGUUUAAUGAAACUUGUGUUGUCAACCUUUGAAAAACCACGCAGACCGUGGCUCCAUAUCUACCUUCAUUUUAUGUCAUUGGACCGGCUCCUGUGACAUGUAGUACACAUUACGCACAAACACACACACACACACACACACACACACACACACAUAUUGACACAUAUAAGCAGACUUGCCUAGUCACUGCUCACGCUGCUCAUGCCAGCAGCCCGGCAUCUUAUGAAUAACAAUUAAGCCCUUCUCUGUCUCUCGCUCCAAGGAGUUACUGCAACGAUAGAAGGGAGAGACACUUGGAGGCGAUGAGGU